UCUACGUCGCUGGGAAGGGAACUACGUCACGGGGAGCCUGCGGCCGCCACACGGGGAGUGACGCUGCUCCCACCACCGCUUCUAGACGCGCCUAGAAACCCCGAGGGCCGUCGCCGCCAUGGAUUACGGGGAAGAAAUGGACCGUGACUAUGGGCAUGGUGCCUACGGUGGCCCAAGAGCUAUGGACUCUUAUAUGAAUCAGUCAUAUGGAAUGGAAGGCCAUGGAGGCGGCGGUGGAGGAGGAGGUGGUGGUGCCAGGUUUGGACCUUAUGAGUCUUAUGACUCCGGGUCUUCUCUGGGUGGGCGAGAUCUGUACAGAUCUGGCUAUGGUUAUAAUGAACCCGAACAAAGCCGCUUCGGAGGUAGUUAUGGUGGUCGAUUUGACAGCAACUACCGGAAUAGCCUUGACUCUUUCGGAGGUAGAAACCAGGGCGGGUCUAGCUGGGAAGCACCUUACUCACGCUCAAAAUUGAGGCCUGGGUUUAUGGAGGACAGAGGAAGAGAGACUUACUCUUCCUACAGCAGUUUUUCUUCACCCCAUAUGAAGCCUGCACCUGUAGGCUCUCGGGGGAGAGGAACGCCUGCUUAUCCUGACAGUGGAUUUGGAAGCAGAAACUAUGAUGCUUUUGGAGGACCAUCAACAGGCAGAGGCCGUGGCCGAGGAUAUAUGGGAGACUUUGGAGGCAUGCAUAGACCUGGAAUUGUGGUAGACUAUCAUAACAAACCCAGUUCUGCAGCAGUAGCUGCACGAGGAAUAAAGAGAAAAAUGAUACAGCAGCCGUAUAAUAAACCAGGUGGGACAUUUAUCAAGAAACCCAAACUGACAAAACCUAAUGUGAAGAUGAACCAAAACAAACCUAACCCAAGGACACCAAGCAAGAACACUACUGCAGAGGAUAAUGAAGCUGAAGCAUGUGACACAAUUACGGAUGAAGACUUUACAAAAGAUGCCUGUGAUGGCAUCUAUCAGGCAUUUGAAGGUGUGAAGCCAGAAGUAAAAAAUGAAGAGGAAGAAAAACGUCGAAUUGAGGCAAGACGAGAGAAGCAAAGGCGUAGGAGGGAGAAAAACAGUGAAAAGUAUGGUGAUGGUUACAGAAUGGCAUUCACCUGUUCAUUCUGUAAAUUUCGAACAUUUGAAGAGAAAGACAUUGAAGCUCAUCUUGAAAGUGCUGUUCACCAGGAGACUUUAGAUCACAUUCAGAAACAGACCAAAUUUGACAAAAUUGUGAUGGAGUUUCUGCAUGAAUGUAUGGUGAAUAAAUUUAAGAAGACUGCUAUGCGUAAACAGCAGACUACAAGCCAAAUGGAAGCUGCUCAGAUUACUGAAAAAGAUGUAAUGGAAGGUGUUACAGCUGAUGAUCAUAUGAUGAAAGUUGAGACUGUUCUUUGUUCUGCAUGCAGCGUCUAUGUUCCUGCACUACACAGUUCUGUUCAGCAGCAUUUAAAAUCUCCUGAGCAUGCAAAAGGAAAACAGACUUACAAAGAACAAAUUAAAAGAGAGAGUGUUCUAACUGCUACCAGUAUCUUGAAUAACCCCAUAGUGAAGGCACGGUAUGAACGCUACGUCAAGGGUGAAAACCCAUUUGAAGUCACUGAUCAAACUGCAGAACAGCAAGGAGAAGAAGAAGAAGACAAGGCAAAUGAACCUGCAGAAGAGGAGGAGGAAGAGGAGGCAGAAGGGGAAGAAGAGGAGGAAGAAGCAGAAGGUGAAGAACAGACUGACUUCACUCUUGACCAAACGGAAGAUAAUUAAAUGCAAAACAUUUUGCACAAGCUACUUUUACUUUUCUGUUUGUAUGGCUAAAUGUAAAAUUUCUUAAUAGUUAAAACAGGACUGUUGUUAUCCUCUACCCUGUGCAUGUACUCCAUUUGAAGAUGUCCUCCUGUAAUCUAGUUUCACUUUUGCUUAAAAAUGGAGGUAAACCCAUUUUUAGUUGAACUUUUAUAGUGACCUUGCUGUUAGAACUUACUAUAUUGUGUACCUUGUAAACAUUGGUUUUUCCUUUCUUGAUGUCAAGAUUUGGAUACAAAUAAAGUAAGUAGAAAGUUAAAAUCAUUUCAACACAAAGCUUUUUAACUAAAUGCAGCGUAAAUAGUUCUAGAAUCAUAAACAUAGAAUUAUGUUGUGAGUGUGGCUGUCUUCUGGACUGCAUCACUCAUUGUAAAGUAUAUGUUAUGACAGAUCUUGUAGUUUUUUUGUGAUAAAAUGUACUUGUUUGUAGCAAUAAAACCUUUUAGAAACCAUAA